UUUGUUCUUUAUUCACUCUCCUAGUUUACUCUCUUCUAUUUUCAUUUUGAAUUUUAUUUUUAGGGUUUAAGAACAUUUCUGAUGGCUACGACGGCUACACCAGCGACGGCGGCGGCAACCAGUACGGCGACAACUUCUGAGAAGAAGAAACCGGUGUUUGUCAAAGUGGAAAGCCUCAAACCUGGAACACAUGGUCAUAACUUGACGGUUAAAGUUGUUGAAUCGAACACUGUCAAGGCCAUCGGCGGCGGCAGCCGUGGUGGCAGAGUAUCGGCGUCGUUAAAUUCUCGUGCUCCACCACGGAUCUCCGAGUGCCUCAUCGGUGAUGAGACAGGGUGCAUCCUCUUCACUGCUCGCAACGAACAGGUUGAUUUAAUGAAGCCAGGUGCUACUGUGAUUCUGAGGAACGCGAAGAUUGACAUGUUCAAGGGUUCCAUGCGGCUUGCAGUAGACAAAUGGGGCCGCGUUGAGGUUACUGAACCUGCUGAUAUUGCUGUUAACGAUCAAAACAACCUUUCUUUAGUGGAGUAUGAGUUGGUGAAUGUUGACGAGUAGAGGGAACUUAUUAAUAGCGCGGUAGUUUUAAGUCGUCGAGUCCAAUUCUUGUUUUAUUUGUUAAUUAUUGCAUUCCUUGAAUUCUAUAUGGAAUUUUAUGUGCCAGAAUGACAGCAUUUCAGCCCUUAUAAUAUGUUCCCAUACCAUGGAAAUGUCUGUCAUUGUUUA